AUGGAGCUCGCCGGGGUUAACUUUGUGCUUGCAGCUGCAGGGUUUCUUCUGUGGACCAGUGGUGGGUCUGCUGCACCCAUGGAGUGCCACUUUAACUCAAGAGCACUGUGUGUGUUCGAGGGGAGGCACUUCUCGCUGGGUGAAACCUGGAUGGACAACGCUUGCAUGCAGUGCACCUGCCUGCACCCCGUCGGCGUUGGUUGCUGUGAGACGGUGCAUCGGCCAGUGGAUUUCCCUGCGUGGUGUGAGGUGCGGGUGGAGCCAGUGACCUGCAAGGUGUCCCUGGUCCAGGCAGCCGACCCCCGCCUGCCCUGCUCCCCAGGUGACGACAUCAAGGACCCCAGCCACGGAUCGCUUCAGCUGCAGCAGCAGCAGCUUGAAGGGUAG